AAACAGAAGGAAGCAUUCAAUUCUGGGAGAGGAAGAAGUUGAGAGAGAGAGAGAGAGAAUCAAGGAUACAGAGACUUAUGUUCUUCCUUCAAAAAAUCAGAACAAGGAACUGGGCACAUUUAAUAACAGAAGCAGAGAUAAAACUGAUAAAUCAGAGAAAAGCAGUGAUAGCCCACAGAAAUUGAAGAAGAUUGAGGAGGAAGAAAGAGUCACUGACUCUUUCAGUUCAUUCAUGGGAAACUGCCAAACAUAGAUUAAACAAGAAGAAAAACGAGGAUAAAGGUCAUCCAAUCAUCAGUUCCGAAAGAAGCGUUUCUGGAAAACUAUCACUCCAAAACAUUCUAUCCCUCUAGAUCCCAUAAGAAACUCUCAGUUCUCUUUCCUGCUCAUGUCAUUUACUUGCUUUCUGCAGUAGGUGCAAGUGUGUGGCUCUCAGAUGUCUGGGUCUCUGUCCUUUCCCUCACCCUCUCCCUCACCCUUUCCCUCAUGCGACUACAGUGAAUGGUCUCCAACUUGGGUGCUGAUUCCGAGUGUGUACCUCUUGGUGUUUGUUGUGGGCUCCAUGGGUAACGGAUUAGUGCUAUGGGUGUACCUGGACCGCCGAGUGAGAGGCCGCGGGAGGAUUGGCAGCUGCUCCAAAUCUUCCCAAUCCUCCGAUCCUCCUCUUUGCCGCGCCACAUCUUCUCGUUCAGUGACCGAGUCUUUAAUAGCCAGUCUCGCAUUGGCUGACCUGGCCUUCGUAAUGACCCUGCCUUUGUGGGCGACAUACACCGCACUGGGCUAUCACUGGCCCUUUGGCCAAGUUCUGUGUCAGGUGAGCAGUUACAUCGUGGCACUGAACAUGUACGCGAGUGUGUUUUCUCUGACUGGGCUUAGCGUGGAGCGCUACUACGUCAUCAUACGACAGCGUGGAAAUGGACCGAAGCAGGGACGGUCAGCCACACGUGCCAAGUGGAUUGUGGGCACCGUGUGGCUGACGGCUGGAAUCCUGGCACUGCCCGCUCUACUUCUACGGACUGUUAGGGAGGUGGAUUUGGAAGUGGGGGCUGAUGGCGACAGGCAGGAUGAACAUGCCUUCUCCUGCUUGUGUGACAUGGACUAUUCCAGUUUGAUCUCAAGGGAACUAGACCCUGCAGCUUCAGAGCAAGCGGAGCUGAUGUGGUCAGCAGCUUUGGGGUUAAAAUCAACUCUUCUUGGCUUUCUGUUACCCCUGGUGGUGCUUCUGCUCUGCUACGGCUGGCUGGGGCGUCUCCUUUCCCGACACUUCAGCCUAGGCCUGCGCCCCGAUCAUACGCGCCAACGCAGGCUCCUCCGCAUCAUCAUCACCCUUGUGCUUGCCUUCUUCCUUUGCUGGCUACCCUUCCACACCAACAAGACACUCUCUGCUAUGGUGGAACUGGGAAUCCUUCCCUUUUCCUGCAGUUUCGACCAGUGGUUGGUGGCGGCACAUCCAUACUCCAUCUGUCUAGGCUACAUAAACAGCUGUUUGAACCCUCUGCUGUAUGCUUGCUGUGACCCAGCACUCAGGAAGCACUGCAGCGGUCUGCUCGUGUGCUUAUGGGUCAAAUGCAGAGGUCAGAAGGGAGGAGAGAAGGAGCAACGCAAGAGUUCAACAAUACCAUCUGGGACACAUGAAGUGACAGUUAGUAGAGAUGAGCAAUGAAGAGAGGCAAACAGAUUGAUUUAGCAAACAGACUCUGGGACUGAGCUGGACCAUUUCUGUGGAAAAAUCUAUUUUUUUACCCAUUCAUCUGUGAGAUCAGGCUUCACCCCCUCAAGAAAACAAAUUGCCAAUAUCAACAAAAUGUGGGAACUGAUAAUAAGACGAUUCCCCAUGACAUAAAGCCAGAGUAAAGAGGAGCUAAGAAGUUAAAGUACACCUGUACUUCCCAUCAUAAAGAUGCAACUCAAACUGUUUGUGCAGUGUGGGCAUGCUGAUGAAUUAUGACCAGCUACAGUAUGUUAUUUGCCAUUAUAUGCAAUCAUUUUUACAUGAACAAUAAAAUUGAGAGUCUAUUUAGUCAUAUCAAUGACUUCUAGGAUCAGAAGGCAUUUAUUUUUGUAUGUAUAAAUGCAAGUUUGUU